UAGACGGUGCGGGACAGCAUGACCCUGAACAGCGGCGGCGGCGCGGCCGGUGGGAGCCGCGGCGGACGGGAGCGCGAGCGCCGUCGGGGCAGCACGCCUUGGGGUCCGGCGCCCGCGCUGCACCGGCGCAGCAUGCCCGUGGACGAGCGCGACCUGCAGGCGGCGCUGGCCCCCGGCGCUCUGGCUGCGGCGGGAGCGGCCACCCGGGUGCCGCGGUCCGCGCUGGACUGGCCCGAAGGCUCCUCCGACUCGCUCAGCUCCGGGGACAGCGACGAGAGCGUUUACAAGGUGCUGCUGCUGGGAGCGCCCGGUGUGGGCAAGAGCGCCCUGGCGCGCAUCUUCGGGGGCGUCGAGGACGGGCCUGAAGCGGAGGCUGCAGGGCACACGUAUGAUCGCUCUGUGCUGGUGGAUGGUGAAGAGACAUCGCUCAUGGUGUAUGACAUUUGGGAUCAGGAUGGCGGUCACUGGCUCCCAGGUCACUGCAUGGCCAUGGGCGAUGCAUACGUCAUCGUAUAUUCCGUGACGGACAAGGGCAGUUUCGAGAAGGCCUCGGAGUUGCGGAUCCAGCUGCGGCGAGCUCGGCAGGCAGACGAUGUGCCCAUAAUCCUUGUGGGCAACAAGAGUGACCUGGUGCGCUCCCGGGAGGUGUCCCUGGAUGAGGGCCGGGCCUGCGCAGUGGUGUUCGACUGUAAAUUCAUCGAGACGUCAGCCGCGCUGCACCACAACGUCCAGGCGCUGUUUGAAGGUGUUGUGCGCCAGAUUCGCUUGCGCAGGGACAGCAAAGAGGCCAACGCACGCCGACAAGCAGGCUCCCGGCGACGAGAGAGCCUGGGCAAGAAGGCCAAGCGCUUCCUGGGUCGCAUUGUAGCCCGUAACAGCCGCAAAAUGGCCUUUCGGGCCAAGUCCAAGUCCUGCCACGACCUCUCUGUGCUCUAGGGCCCUGCUCCCCAGUGUUCAAUGUGAGGUGCAGACAGACUGGCAGAUGGGUGGGCUGGCCCAGCCACCCAUUCCAGGUGCCGUGGACAGGCUCAAAACUCUGGGCACCUUUCAUUUCAUGGUCAUGGACAGACAGUGCUGCCCAAGGAGCUGGCAUCUGGUGGCCAUUGGAGGCACUUGUGGAGGUCCACGAGUGCACCAAGCUGCAAGCUGGAACACACCCCCUGGCAUGCGUGGAUGGGGGAACAGACACCCUCCUUUCAUCCUUGUCUUUCUGCCUGGGUUGUGUGUGCCCUGGGAGAAGAUUGUUCAGUGCAGCAGCAUCAUGUUUACAUGUGGAUUUUUGUAAUAAAGACUAUUUCCUGAUA